CGGGAAUGGAAUUAAAAAUAUAUAGGUUGUUUUUGGAGCCCAGCAGAACCAAAACAAGAGCACAAUGAAGGCUGUAAUUCAACGAGUAUCUUCAGCAGGUGUCUCCGUAAGCGGCGAACUGGUGUCCAGCAUCGGCAAGGGUCUUUGUGUCUUGGUUGGAAUAUGCCAGAGUGACACCGAAAAAGACAUGGAGUACAUUGCUCGUAAAAUACUUUCCAUUCGACUGUUCGACCACAAUGACAAACGAUGGCAGAAAUCUGUAGUCGAUGAGAAACUAGAAAUUCUAUGCAUCUCCCAAUUUACUCUUUAUCACAGACUGAAAGGAAACAAACCGGAUUUUCAUCUUGCUAUGAAAGGAGAGGAAGCCAAAGUGUUGUACGAUAAACUUCUGACGAAACUUGGAGAGAGUUAUGAACCAUCAAAGAUCAAAGACGGUGUUUUUGGAGCAAUGAUGGAAGUAAAUAUAGUCAACUCAGGCCCAGUUACGAUAGAAAUAGAGUCUCCAAGAGAAACUACAACAACAGAGUCAUAGAAAAAAAAUGAAACACUUUUUGAUAGAUUUAUGCAAAUGAAUAAUUUUACUGUUUUAUUAAUAAUUAAUAUUUAGAUUACAAAAUAAUAUUUUUGUUAUUUCAAACAA